GCUUUGCCUUGGUGACUUCGUCGUCGCGGGUGAGCCAGGCUUGGAUGCGCCAGGCAGGCUGCGCUCUGUCCUCUGCGCUCCCGCGGCGGUUUCGAGUAGCUCCACAGGCUCUUCCCGGUGGCGCUCAGGAGCCUUCGGCCGGUGCGCGACUCGCCGGCUCGCCUGACCGCCCUGCCCGGAGCCUUGCGGCGGCCUGAGCUCCGGCUACACUCCGUCUGGCCUCACGUUUCCGAGCUUGAGCCUGGGACAAUGGUGUGCAUUCCUUGUAUUGUCAUUCCUGUUCUUCUCUGGAUCUACAAAAAAUUCCUGGAGCCAUACAUAUACCCUAUGAUUUCCCCCUUUGUUAGUCGCAUAUGGCCUAAAAAAGCUGUACAAGAAUCCAAUGAUAAAAACAAAGGCAAAGUAGACUGCAAGGGUGCCGACAGAAAUGGAUUACCAACAAAAGGACCAACAGGAAUCUAUGAUAAAAAGAAAGACUAAUGCAACUUUUCCAAAGGAUCGCAAAUGUUUUUAAAAUGGACCUGAUGACACAAAGCACCUUCUUUGUAAUUGUCUCUGACUUUUUUCUCUGAAACUAGAAUUUUGGAUAGAGAGUUUAUUUAUCUGAUAACUUACUGGGAAAUACAUAGUAUUUAUAUUUAAAAUGUACUUAGUUAUAUUUAAUGACCUCAUUCCUGAGUUCCAUUUUCAUUAUAGUAGCUUUAAUUUCUAUUAUUGCUGUUUUAAUAAUAUGAAUAAAUAGGUUUGUGCCAGUAAAUACUCAGUACUUAAAGUCCUUGGGCCUCUAGCAUUCAUUCAUCCACGUGAAUUUGACUGCUCUUUGCUCUAAUUCUUCAGGUCAUUUUAAUUUGAAUGGAUUAAGUUUUACUGUGAAAUAGUACAGAUGAUAAUGAU